GAGAGGCAGCGGUAAACCAUCUUCAUCUCAACAUGAACGUCCAUCACACGUUGAUCUGCUUCUUCUUCCUCUCUCUGCAGGAUGGAAGCCCAAUCGAUGUCUACUUGCAAACUGAAGGAGGAGAUAUCGGAGUUUAUUGCUACUCCCCUUUGGAUGGAAACACAACGUUCUUCUGUAAGAAUGAAUGUAAAGACAAAGGAGACCUUCUCAUUGAAACACGUAAUGACACGGCUCAGAGCGGCAGAUAUGGGAUGGACUAUGAAACACUAAUAGCAAACACUUAUCUUACCGUCAGCAUCUCCCAGCUGACCAAGUCUGACUCUGGGCGGUACAGGUGUGGUCUGAACAGGUCUCUGUCUUCAGAUUCAUACAGCGACUUUGAAGUCAUUGUUGUAGAUGCACUGCUGGCAAGAAAUCCUCCUGAAGUAAAAACCUUCUAUAAGACCACUGGAGAUAACAUCAUCGUGUCAUGCUUCUUUUCUGUCUCUGGAAGCAGGAUGUACUUCUGUAGGGAAGAAUGUGAAGACAAAGACAUUCUGGUUCAAACUACUAAUGUCAGCGUUCAGAGUGACAGAUACAGCGUCAGAUAUGUAGGAGGAUUUGUGUCUGGAGGAUAUCUGUAUGUGAAGAUCUCCCAGCUGACCAGGGCUGACUCAGGACUCUACAGGUGUGGUCUGAACACAUCUUUCUCUCCGGAUCCUUACCAAGAGUUUAGGAUCGUUAUCACAGAUGGUGAGAUUCAAGGUGUGCUGUUGUAUUUGGUCGUGAUUCUUCUCAUCAUUGUCAUCAUCUGUCUGCUGGCGCUGACGAUCGUCUGUAUUCGGAGGAAGCACAAGCCCAACGGUACCACUGGAGGACAGUCAGAUGCCAGGAACUUGAAGGUUGCCCCAGAUUUCUCUAAAGGGAACGGUAAUCCAGUCUUCAACAUGGAAGACUCCACCUACAUGAACAUCGAUGCAGCCAGCAGAGAUAAGGACCAAAGAUACGCUACAAUUUCAAAAAAACAACACCCAUGAGCUGGACCGUAGGGCUAGUUAUCACUGAUUUCCUGAAUCGUUUCGAUUCCAAUUCUCUGCGUCCCGAUUGGAUCACAUUUCUGAUUGGAUAUCAGUUAGGUUAGGGAAUUUCAGUUCCAAUCCCAGUUUAUCUGGAUAUAAAAGAGAUUCUCAAACAACUUCUGCUGUAAAUUGUACAAGCAAGAAGCAACUCAAAUAUAUUUUAUAAU